CCAAGCAGACUAGACGUAGGACUCCUUCGCUCGUAAGCAUCCUCCGAAACCUCCCAAAAACCUUGCAGCGCUCCAUUUUUUGAUUUUUAUCUACUCGAUUUCUAAUCUCUGCUUAGAGAUACACUCGAACUCACAAUCAUCCCGACAGGAGCUUUUUGGAAAACUUUGAUUGCUUUCUUGUCAGAAUUUGGUGGAUAUCAACAAUUAAUUAGAGGCUUGCUCCGACUACAACCAACAUGGAAGUGAAGGAUUGGAGAGAUCGACUAUCACCAGAGUCUCGAGAAAGGAUCGUGCGUAGGAUCAUGGAUAUAUUAAAGAAGCAGAUUCGAUCUUCUGGGAGAGACGGAUUAUCUCAAAUUAAGACACUUUCUGAGAAUUUUGAGAAGAAGAUUUAUGAGUCUGCCACAGAUGAGAAUGAUUAUUUGAAGAAGAUAUCAGUGAAGUUGCUGACUGUUGAAGAGAAAAUUGAGAAAUUGUCUCAGUCUAAUUCUUUAUUAUCAAAGUCUUAUUCUGGUGAAACUACAGCACCCCGCAGUAUUCAGUCCCAAGUGGAUAAGCAUCGGCAAUCGCUUUCUCUUCAUUCUUAUCAGUCCCAACAUCAAUUAUCACGUAGCACUCAGAACAACAUUGCACCUUGCGGAACUUCUUCCAGCUUACCAUCUUCAGGGCAUCCUCUCAGUGAUUUAAUUGAGACUCCUAUGCCCAAUGCUGCCACUGAAGAUUCCAACUUGCAGCGUACCUCUAGAAUUUCGCAAAUGGCAGCUGAAUGGUCAGUGGGACAUGGAAUAUAUUCUGAUGUUUCUCUCAAUAAUCCAAUUCAGGUUCAAGGAAGGAAACAUCCACCGCAGGUGGUUGUCCAACAGAACCACCAGCAACCUCAGAAGUUACAGCUAGAUUCUUGUCAACUGCCAUUACAACCCCGGCUUUUAAAGCCUUUAAAAAAUGAAUUUGUUUCACCCUCACACUUGCAAGUUCAUGGCCAGGAAGGACAAUCAGGGCAGCAAAAUGAUCAGAAACUCUCGCGACCUAAUCAAAUGCAGUCUUGUCAGCUAUCUGUCACGCAAACUCCCUUUACACGGCCUUCUGAGACACAAUCAUGUGUAGUUUCUGACCAUCUGCAGUAUCGGCAGCCUUCCUGUCAACAAUCAUUACAACCUCUGCUUAUGAGACAUCCGCAAAGGCAACUGCAAAAAACACAUCAGGCUCCUGUUACCCAUAAACACAAAUCACCAAUGCGAGAUCAGAUACCAUCGAUAUCACAUCAGCAACCGCAAUCAAUAAAUCAAAAUAUGGCUGAUACUUAUGUAACACAGAAUCAGCUAAUUGGGCAACAACAUCUUGUCCCUGACUCACUGCAGCAACAGCAAAGGUUACCAUUCCUGCAGAACAAGGCUCAAAACAUGCAGCAGGAACCUUUGCAAGGCCAGCAAAACAAUCAGUCAAGUCGUCAUCAUCAGCAGUUGGCCCAACAAAAAGAUUUUUCUGUACUAAAGCCGCAACUGAAGCUGCAUGGGAAACAAUGUGGUAAUUAUACCAUGCACCAAACUCAGGUUGCGGCAGAGGGGCAUACCCAGAAGACAGCUUCAGCUUUGUUGCCACCUCAAGGGCAACAAUCACAACCACAGCUUCCAGUGAGGGAACUGAUAUCUCAAUCACAGCUCGAAAAAGUGCAACCACCACCAACUCCAUCACAGCCAGAUACAAUGGAAAUUUCUGAAGCAUCAGGACCACUAAAUCUCACAUCUGAGAAAUCGUUUGCAAAUAUCGGUGAUUGGCAAGAGGAGGUUUAUCAGAGGGUUGAAAGUUUAAAAAGCAGGUAUUUGAAACAACUUAACGGGUUGCGGCAUACAUUGACUAAUAGGCUCCAGCAGCAGGAUUCUGCUCCUUGUCCAACCAACACAGGCCAAUUAGAGAAAAUUAAUCUUGCGUUGAAUCUAACUAUAGCUUACCUAAAUGUGCCCAAAAGCAAGAUCACGCCUUCUUAUGCGGAGAAGUUGGAUACACUUCAAAAGAAGAUACUUUGGAUUCUUCAGCUGACUGGAAAAAAGUCUGAUUCUUCACCACGGGAAGGAAAACUUUUCCCAGAUAUUUACUCUGUUCAGCAGUUGCCGCAGCCACAAACUCAGACAUCUGAAGCGCAACAACUUGAAAAUCAUAAGAUACCGCCACUGCAAUUUACUAAGUCACAGAGUACUCUAGCAGCAAUGCAGCGGAACAAUUUAAUGUUUUUGCAACACGUUUCCAAGUCUUCUUCACCUGAGCCUGCUACUUUGCACCAAAAUACGAUGCAUUUAGGAGACCAUUUACCAGCUUCAGAAAAAGGAAAUUCAGUGAAUAUAUUGCAGCAGGUUGCCAAGGAAUCUUUAGGAAGUCCUAAGAGCAUUUCCCAAGAAAAUCUUAACACAUUAUUGCCAAUAAGCCAUAAGAAUGGGCAGCAGUCAAAUGUGGUUCCUCUUGAGAUGAGCUCUAAUACACUUCAAAAUUUGCAUAUGAGACAAACAAAAGAACAACUGGAUGUAUUGGCUCAAAAGCCUGAGCUAGGAUUUCAAAAGCCCAACAUGCAGCAACAACUGGUACGAGAGAAUCACCAAAUAUUGCCCCAGCAGGCUGCAAAGCCGCAUGCUCAUGCAAAACGACAGAUUCAGUUGAAUGAGGUAAAUGAAGUAAAAGUGAGACUAGGGACGAGUGUUAAUAAGUCACAGCAUCAGGAAAAUGCAGUAAAUGACUCGAGAGUUAAAGGAGGGAUGGGUGUCAAAUCAGGACGUAUUUUGCAAAAUCAAUCUGGUGCCACGUGCUCAGUGUAUAGUUCUCAGCACUCAAAGCCUGGGGCUUCAGUUCCUAUUUCGUCAUCCGAAGUCUCCUGUCAUCCACUAGCUCACCAUUGUCCUCGUAUUGAUGUGCAAAAUCUGCCAACACCUCUUACAGAGGCAGGAACCUGUUUUCAUUCUGCAAAGUCUUGCUCUGCCCUACCUUCUUCCUUGGCUCAACCAUCCAUGUUAGGGAAUUGUGAGAAACCUACUUUUGAUGCUCCAUCAGGCUUGGAUACUGGAAACAUUAGACAUCCCCAUGUACCUGGUUCUCUAGGACCUGGCCAAUCACUUGCCAUCUGCACUCCUGGGAUGUCAGUCUCGCCAUAUCUUGAGGAACUUGAUACUCUGGAUGGCACGAAUUGUAAUAUGCCAACCUUCAAUUAUGAUCAGUCAAGUGUUGCUGAACAGCCUAUUAAGCGCUUAAUUAAUGUGGUGAACUCGAUCUCAUCUAAAAAACUCAGUGCUGCUAUUGGUGACAUUGGAUCAGUGAUUGGUAUUACUGAUUGGAUAUCAAGUUCGCUGCCAGCUAAUGGGUCUAGAGCAGCAAUAGGUGAGGAUUUGGUUGCCAUGACGAAGUCUAGUUUGCAAGCAAGAUAUUUAAAAGGGUGGAAUGAUACAUCUGGAACAAGGAAAAGGAAUCGCUGCACAGAUUGGAUUGCGUCAAAUCCUUCUCCAAUGAAUGAUGGAUUCAGACAGUGGAUUGACUUGGAGAAACCCGAGUUGGAGUCAUCUGCGAUGUCUUGUAUUAAACGGCCUAGGAUUGAGGUCAAGCAUGCUCUGUUGGAAGAAAUUAGGAAAAUAAACCAGCAGCUGAUAGACACUGUGGUAGUCAUUAGUGACGAACAUACCAUUUCAACUGCUGCUGCAACUGGUUGUGGUGAAGGUACCAUUGUCAUGUGCUCAUUCACUGCUGUGGCCGCCUGUCCAAACUUCAAAUCACAGCCUGUUUCAUCUCAGGCGUCACCUAUUCAGCCCUUAAAAUUGCUCGUUCCCGCUAGUUAUCCACACACUUCUCCUGUACUCCUAGACAAAAUGCCAGUGGGAGCAAGAGAGAACCACCAGGACCUUUCAGUAAAGGUAAUAUCAAAGCUCAAUUCAUGCCUCAGAACCCUGUCAAAUCCCUUCUCAGUGGGGGAGAUAGCAAGGAUGUGGGAUUUUUGUGUCCGGGAGGUUGUCCUCGAGUAUGCAGUGCAGAAUGGCGGAGGCAACUUUAGCUCAAAAUAUGGAACUUGGGAGACAUGUCUUGGAGCUGCUUGAAUCAUUCUGCACUUGCAUAUCAUCUACUUGGAAGAUUCCUAUUGAUAUGCACCGAGGUUGGUUUUGCUACAGAUGAUGGAUUUUUUUUUUUUUUUUCCCUGCUAAUUGUAUCAGGUGCGACGCUUGUGCGGGGUCUUCUUUAUAUUGAUUUGUCUGACCAAAUUUUCAAAAGUGUUUUUUUUUUUUUUUUGUAGUUUUUGUAGUU